AAUAGAAGAAGAGGCAUUGCAUUUGCCCAAAAAACAGAGCAAGAAUCCAGAGUCACAUUUCAAGAAGCACAGGCCUUCCCUUUUUUCUUUUUCUCUCCCAAAGGUUGCGUAAUUGACGUUAACUUUUCCAACUAUUCCCUAUUUCACAUCUCCACGCCUUUUUUUCUUCAUUUGCAGAAGCCUGAGCAAAAGCGCCUCACGUCUUGAAUGGUUGAUACCAUCAAAACUUUGAUGCCCGCUGUUCUUUACUUCUCGUUUUGCCUCUCCUUUGGCUCUGUUAAAGAAGUCUGGUAUUAUCGCUGUGUUGGCCUUGAUCCUUGAGAUCAAUUUUCAUAUAAACUUAUAAUCCCAUCUUUUUUUUCUUAUUACGUUCAAUAAUUGCAGCUCUGUAGCUUGAAAAUCUAAGAAAUUCUUAACUAAAGAAAAAGAAAGGACAUGGAGAAGAAAUCGUUGCAGAAGCCAAUAAAGAAUACUAGGUUCUUGAUCACGGUCAAUGUGUUGGGAAGUGCUGGGCCGUUAAGAUUUGUAGUGAGUGAGAAUGAUAAGGUUGCUGUGGUCAUUGACACUGCUCUGAAACAAUAUGCUCGUGAGGGCCGACUUCCAGUUCUGGGUUUUGACGUCAAUGAUUUCUUCUUUUACCCAGCCAGUGCUGGACUUGAUGCUCUGAGACCAUCAGACCCGAUAGGAUCACUAGGAGUGAGGAAUUUCAUCCUUUGCAAGAAGCAAAAGCAGCCGCUGAUGACAGAAGGAAGGGCAAAUGGGAUUGCUCAGAAUGGGAAAAAGGGGUGGAAGGCUUGGCUCACUAAAUCCUUCAACUUCAAGAUUCAUUCCCAUUGAAUCACUUUCCUGUGUGUCUUGGUUACUUGUGGUUUCAUCAAGCCUAUUAUAUGUUCAUUCUGUGCUCUCGACCACUUGUAUGUUGUGAUGAAUAUGAUAAUAUAACUACACUAAUAAUUGAUGUGUACAUGCAUCAAUUCCUUAUGUAACUCAAAUGGUUUUAAGAGCGAACAUCAUAUCCAUGGCUGCCAUUGUAAUGAAUAUUUUCUUUUUUCUUGGGCCUA